AUGUUGUCUCGAAUCGAACCCUCCUUGAAACCUAAACACCGGUACAUAGCAGCAACUACACAAGAUAUCAUCUCUUUUUUAUUAGACCAAUGUUCCAACAGAAUCCACAUUUAUCAAACCCAUGCGUUCAUGCUUGUUCGAGGUUUCGAUCAAGACAACCUUUUUCUCGGUCGAUUUAUCGAAACAUGCUCCAACACAGGUCUCUUAGACCAUGCCAUUUCUGUUUUCUCUCAUAAGACCCAAAAAGAUAUAUACUUUUACAAUGCCAUGAUCAAGGCUUUUUCGAGUCAUUCUCGAGUCAAAGAAGCUAUUUUUGUUUACAAUGAAGCUCGGGUUAUUGGGUUAAGACCCGAUUUCUAUACGAUUCCUUUUUUGUUAAAGGGUGUGAGUCGGUUGGGUUUAGGAAAAGGGGUUCAUUGUCAAGCGAUUAGUUUUGGGUUGGAUAGAGAUGUACAUGUGGGAUUCAGGUUGAUUCAGAUGUAUUCAGCGUGUGGACAUGUUUGUGAUGCACGGAAGGUGUUUGAUGAAAUGUUUAUUAGGGGUGUGGCGGUUUGGAAUGCGAUGGUUUCUGGGUAUUGUAAGGUUGGUGAGGUGGAGAAAGGGCGUGCGUUGUUUGAGGUUAUGCCGGAGAGAAAUGUGAUUUCUUGGACGGCUUUGAUUGCAGGGUAUGCUCAGGCAAACAUGGGUUGUGAAGCGGUUGACGUUUUUAGAAGAAUGCAAGAUGAUAAUGUGCCCCCUGAUGAGGUCACGAUGUUGGCUUUGCUCUCGGCUUGUGCUCAGUUGGGUGCUUUGGAACUCGGUGAAUGGAUUCAUCGGUAUAUAGAUGAACAUAGUUUAAGAAGAAGUGUACCUCUUAAUAAUGCACUUAUUGACAUGUAUGCGAAGUCAGGGGACAUAAAGAAGGCGAUUGAGAUUUUUGAAAACAUGAAAGGAAGAUGUGUUAUAACUUGGACAACUAUUAUUGCUGGAUUGGCUUCACACGGGUUUGGAAAUGAAGCUCUUGAUAUGUUUUCAAGAAUGGAAAGAGCUCGUGUUAUACCAAAUGAUGUUACACUUAUUGCAGUUCUUUCUGCGUGUAGCCAUGGUGGGUUGGUGGAAUCGGGUCGUUGGUAUUUCAAUAACUUGCUUCCAAGAUAUGGGAUUGAACCAAGAGUUGAACAUUAUGGUUGCAUGAUUGAUCUGCUAGGUAGAGCCGGAUGCCUAUUAGAGGCACAAGAACUAUUAAAUCUGAUGCCUUUUGAACCAACCGCUGCGAUUUGGGGUUCCCUUCUAGCAGCAUCCCGACUUCAUGGAAAUGUCAAACUUGGUGAAAAAGCUUUGCAAUAUUUGAUCAAAUUAGAACCACAUAAUAGUGGAAACUUUUUGCUUCUUUCAAAUACAUAUGCUUCAACGGGUCACUGGAAUGAGUCUAGAAAGGUAAGGAAAGUGAUGAGGGACAGCAAUGUGAAACAGGCGUCAGGUGCGAGUUGCAUUGAGUUGAAUAGUAGAAUUCAUAAGUUUAUAUCUGGAGACGGUUCACAUCCUCGAUUUGAAAGAAUACUCAAAGUUUCGUUCGAGUUACAUAGACAAAUGAAGGUGAAAAACAUUUACCUAGUAUGUAACAUGUAGAAACAUAAUUUUUAUACACUGUUUGACUAUACGCAACUGUACAGUAUUAUUCAGACAUCUGGAUUAUAGAAACAUAUCUUCUUUUAGAAGGGAAUUUCGAUC